UUGACACGUUUGUUAUUUAUUUAUUUGCUAUCAUCUAUUAGAGAAAGAAACAAGUCCACGACUCUUAUAAGAUAGUGCUAGUAAAAGGCCUCUCCUCUCCUCCAUAUCUCCAUCUUCAACAAGUAAACUAAAGCAGCAUGAGCAUGGAAGAGAGUCUUCUGAGCUCGAAAUCGGAGCAGCUGCGAAGCUUAAAGACCGAAGUUUGGGUUGAGUCGAAGAAAAUAUGGAGAGUUGCAAUGCCAAGUAUAAUCUCAAGAGUUAGUUCAUUUGGUACACUUGUUGUUACACAAUCAUUCAUCGGGCACGUAAGCUCGUUAGAUCUUGCUGGCUACGCGCUUGUCCAAACAUUAAUCGUGCGAUUCAUCAACGGUAUUUUGCUUGGAAUGUCGAGCGCGACAGAAACUCUUUGCGGCCAAGCAUACGGCGCCAAACAAUACCACAUGAUGGGAAUAUACUUGCAAAGAUCAUGGCUCAUUGAUCUCAUCACUCUAACUAUUCUUCUUCCUAUCCUAAUCUUCGCGGCGCCAAUAUUUAAAAUGCUCGGUCAGGAUCCGAGUGUCUCGGACUCUGCUGGAUAUAUUUCUUUGUGGUUUAUACCUUUCACUUAUGGCAUCAUCUUCAGCCUCACCAUACAGAUGUAUCUACAAGCGCAGCAGAAGAAUGCGAUAAUUGCUUGGCUAAGUGUGCUGCAAUUCGUCGUCCAUAUCCUGUUGUCUUGGCUAUUUACGAAUAUUUUGGGGCUUGGAGUUGCCGGCGCCAUGGUUGCGCUGUCGAUAUCUUCUUGGCUCGUCGUUUUGGGAGAGUUUGUGUACAUUUUUUGUGGAUGGUGUCCCAACACUUGGAAAGGAUUGUCCAUUGCGGCCGUGAAGGACUUGAUUCCGGUCAUGAAGCUAUCAAUAUCAUCGGGUGUGAUGGUUUGUUUGGAGCUGUGGUACUAUGCAAUAUUGGUGUUAGUCGCGGGCUACAUGAAAAAUGCCGAGAUCGCCAUAGCUGCCUUUUCUGUUUGCCUUAACAUCACCGGCUGGAUAGUGAAUCUCUUUGUCGGAUUAAUGGGCGCCGCGUGUGUGCGCGUGGCGAAUGAAUUGGGGCGAGGAGAUGCAAAGGCAGUAAAGUUUUCGAUCAAAGUUGUGAUGGGCACAGGAGUGGUGAUAGGGGUUCUCCUUUGGGUGCUUUGCUUGUGCUUUGGCAACAAGCUCGGACACUUGUUCAGUGACGAUGAGGAAGUUGUGGAGCUCGUGGGAGAUCUUUCCGUCCUGCUCGCUAAUACGGUUUUGCUUGGCAGCAUCUUCCCAUUGCUCUCAGGUGUGGCAGUCGGAACUGGUUUGCAGACAAAGGUUGCCGUUAUUAAUUUCAUAUGCUUCUACGUCCUCGGAUUGCCAAUAGGCAUUGUUCUCGGAUACGUCGUACAUCUUCAAGUUAAGGGCAUCUGGGGUGGACUUCUGGUGGGAGUUGGAUGUCAGACAAGUUUACUUAGCUUCUUGAUUUGGAGGACAAAUUGGGAGAAUGAGGUCUCAAAAGCUUCAGAACGUUUAGAUAAAUGGAAUCUGAGAUCACCAAAUGGAAGCAAUUGAUGAAAGGAAUCGAAAGCUCGGAAACAAGUAUAGGUGAUCGAUAGGUUCAUUUCUUUUGGCAUUUGCAACAAAAAUCUGAUAAAAUUGUGAAUCCAUUUAUGUGUUUGAUCACUUUUUAUUUUACAUUUUUAAUUAAUAUCUUGUGUCUUUCA